UAAGAUCGGCCGCCAAAAAAAGAGCGACCACUUUCAGUUUCAUUCACGCGUCUAGUGAUUCCAACGGUAGAGCGGCCGACGAACACAUGUGCAUUGAGAGAAAAAACUGUGUCAUACGGACAAUGCCACUUUGAUGUUUUUGUAACUGAAAACAUGCCAAAGUCGUACAAGAUGAACUUUUUAAGUGCCAUAUUUUUUAUUUUCGCCGUUGCGAACGUACUCGCGAGCGACUGUCCGGCCAAAAAGACCACUUCCAAGUUGAUUUGUUAUUAUAGUAAAUUGGCGCACGUUGAUUCGUGCAAAUGCUCACAUGUCAUCUUGCCAGCCGACGCCGAUGUCAAGUCCAUCGAUAGGAUCAGGGGACUGAUCAAGGGGGUGAAGAUUUUGAUCACCGUCAACGAGUUCAAUCAGGGAUUGGUCAACAUACUCAAAAGCAGUAAAGUGGAUGGUAUAGAAAUCAACCUGAAGAAACUGGAUUCGAAGAACGACAUCUCCGAUUUUAUUUCAACGGUCAGGAGUAAAUUAGGAUCCGAUCUUUACAUCGUUCUUUCCGUACCCGCAAUUUCCGAGACGUUAGCAAAAUAUUACGACUUCAAAACUCUCAGCAAAAAUGCGGAUUUGUUCAUCCUGCAAACAGCUUUCCUCGGCGCUUCCAAAAAUGUCACUUUCCAUCCUAGCCGUCUUUCCGGACUUUGGGAUAUGCAGAACACGGAUUCCGUGGUGGAUUUGGUUAGCGGUUUGGGAGCGCCCUUGUCGAAGUUGGUAAUUACAUCGCCAGUUCAGGCUUUCAAGUUCAAACUUCAAAGUGAGAAGCACACCGCUCCGGGAAGUCCGGCUUUGGAGGUGCAGUCGAUUACUAGAGAUGAGUUGUGCAAUGUUAUGGGAAAUGGAGGGAAUUGGACAUUGGAAAGGGAUCAAGAUCAAGCUGGGCCUUAUAUCUUUAGUAAAAACCAGUGGAUCGCUUUCGAUGACCCCACCAGCAUCGACAUUAAGGCAAAAUAUUCAAGGGUACGAGGACUUGCCGGAAUUGCCCUCAAAGACCUAUCGCAAGAUGGCGGCACUAAAUGCAAAAGCUCCAUCUUAGAAGCAGCGUACAACGGCUUAUCUCGUCAAGCUCGCGCCCCUCGAGGCGCUGUGUUGCACUCGUUGGAAAGAGAGAUCUUGGAAACUCCCGGCCGACCUCUAGACACCGUCCAAGUUUCGCCUUACCGAAUAUCUAGAGUAAUAGAUGUUGAAGGCAAUGUUCACGUAAUUAGAAAGGAUACAAGAACUGAAUUUGAGUGUUCCCGUCAAGGAUACUUCGUUCAUCCACGUUCCUGUGGUCGUUUCUAUCGUUGCGUCAAAUUCGACCAAUUGUCCGACGAAUUCAGCGUUUUCGAAUUCGAUUGUCCUGCAGGUUUGGCUUUUGACAGCCGAGUUGAAGUAUGCGUUUGGCCCGGAAGCUUACCACAUGCCUCACCCUGUUCAGGAAGUAGCGAAAUUGCACCCGUACCACGUCAAAGAUUUGUUUGUCCGAAUGAGCCAGGUUACUACGCGGAUCCUGAAAACUGUCGCUGGUUCUUCGCUUGUUUAGAUCACGGAAAAUCUCCCCUAUCUGCCUAUGAAUUUAGAUGCCCCUUCGGAUUAGUUUAUGAUGAAUCGAGACUCCUUUGCGAGUGGCCGUGGUUGGUCCCGAGAUGUGGUAGUGGUUAUGCUGUCGGUUCACAAGUAGUAUAUGGAGGAACUGGCUCAGUUGCCCUGGAUCAGUACGACGGUUUAGGAGUAUUGGAAGUCACAGCCCUUGGUGGUCUUCACGGACCGUUAGUUCAACCUGUUGCUCAGAUUUACAGUAAUGUUGGUCAUGCUUCACAAGGAUACAUUGCAGGAAGUGGUCAACUGUCACUUAAUGCUGCACAAUCUUUACAAAAUGCUGGCUUGCUUAAAGGUGGCUACGUCGCAGGUGCUGGCCUGCAAGGUUCCGGAUUAGGAUUGCAAUAUUCCACCGGGAACGUAGGUGGCAACAUUGGACUUAAAACAACCCAAACUGAUGGAUUGGGACUAGGAUAUGUACAUGGGCAAGAUAGUUCCUCAAGUUAUCAAGGUGCUGAAUUUGGCGUUAAACUACAACAAGCAGGUGGCUUAGGAGCUAUUAAAUCACAAGCCGGAGAUACUCUACUAGCAUACCAAGGUGAUGGUUAUGAUCAGCAUCUGGCCUCAGGAAAUGCUGCUUCAAAUCUACAAAUAAACAAUAUUCAGCACGGUACUAAUUUGAACUAUCAAACAGAUUCAUUACUGACAGGUACUGGAAGUAUUGAUGCUGCUGCUAUAGGCAACAGUCAAGGGAACGCAGGCUAUGUUGGUAGUUCAUUUGUAACUGGUAGUGACGCAGUCGGUGUAGUAAAAACUCAAGCGAAUGCAGGCUAUUUAGGAGGUUCACUAUUGACGGGUACUGGAAGUAGUGAUGCCGUUGGUGUAGUAAAAACACAAGCGAACGCGGGAUAUUUGGGUGGUUCAUUAUUGGUAGGCAGUGGAAAUAUUGGUACUGCCGGUGUAGUAAAAACCCAAGCGAAUACGGGCUAUGUGAGUAAUGGCGGUGCUCACUUAGUGAAUGGACUUGCUGAAAAUUUGAAUUACGGACAACAGUUACAAAUUGUAGCCGACAAUGCGCAAGAAGCUUAUGAUGAUGUACAACCAUCUUUUGAAUAUCACGGGAACAUUGGCUCGAAUUACGGAAGUGGUACCAGGGGUAAGAUUAACAUCGUCAAAGGCGGAUACUCUGCAGUUGGAGUCGCCACCAAUGGUAUACAAGCUACUAACUAUGGUGAAAACACUAAUAUUAUAACACACGUUACUCAGUCGCCUGUAUCCGUGGCUACUGUUUCCUCGGUACCGAUUGUGACUGCAGUACCUGUUCCUGCCAUUAAAGCUGCUUCCGGAUUCCAGAGUUAUAAUGGAGGUGUUGUUGCGAAUGUACCUGAAUUGCAAUAUAAAGUACAUGGGAAUUUAGCCGCUUCUCGAGGCAAUACUGGUUUUACAAAUAUCUCAAACAGUUUUAUUAAUGUAGUAUCUUCUACGCCAUCGACAAUUUUAGCAAAAGAUGGUUACCACUAUUCUAAACCAACAGUAGCAUUUAUCGAAGAACCACUUAGAUCAACUAUAUCAACUGGUACCCUGGUACAACAAAACGUAGCCAGUGUACAACCUAUUGUAACAACAUACCAAAAACCAUUUGUUGUCUCAACAACGCAAACACCGUUAGUUGCUGAAAAAGUUAACCUUCAACCAGUUGUAACGACAUACCAAAAACCAGUUUCAACAUCAUUUGUGCAGCAUGUCCAACCCGUAGUAACAUUUGGAAAAACGGUUGUUUCAACUCCAUCUCCGAUUAUUCAAGAAAAUAUUAAUGUCCAACCAAUUGUAACCACGUAUCAAAAGCCCGCCGUCGUUUCAACAGUACAAACACCUUUAGUUGAGCAAAUUCAUAUUCAACAACCGGUAGUAUCUACUUAUAAUGUACAGAAACAAGACGCCAGUUUCGUUGGUUAUGAUUACCCCAAACCGGUUGUAAAGUUUGAGGAAACUCCCGUACAGACGACAGGUGGCAGUUUUAGUUAUCAAAAUGUUGAUUUACUUCAAAAAACUAGAGGUUACACAUACAAUAAACCAUCUGUUGCUUUUGAAGAAGUUCCCCUAAAAACUGUGAAUCAGGCGGCUGUGGUGUCUACUGUAACACAUUCUGCGUCAUCGACUCCUAAACCAUUAACCGUAGUGGAACAAGUACAACCAGUUGUUCAGGUACAACCGACGAUUCAAACUGUUCAGCCAAUUAUUCAACAGCAACCAGUUAUUUCCGUUUCUAAGCAAGAAAUUGUUCAACCUCAACUUGAAAUUACAUCCUACAAUGUACCUUCUUCGACUGUGAAACCUGUUGUUUUUCAACAAUCGCCACAAGUUUAUGUGUCAUCAACACCAGCUACAGUCCAACCAGUAGUCCAACAACAAGGCGCAGUAUCGUUUACAAACUUCCAAAAGCAUUACACCGUUGAACCUCAACUCCAAGUAACUUCGUACAAUGUGCCAUCGUCCACUGUUAAACCUGUGGUUGUUCAGCAAACUCCACAAGUCUAUGUGUCAUCAACACCAGCCACAGUUCAACAAAACGCUGUAUCAUUUACAAAUUUCCAAAACCAUGAGAUUAAUCAAGCUCAAAUUGAUUUUGGUACUUACAAUGUACCAUCAUCGACAAUCAGACCUAUUGUUACUCCGGUGGUUCAACAGAAAAUUGCACAACCGGCUAUUGUAUCAAGUUUCAGUAUUUCAAGCAACAAUGAGGGAUAUAGAUACGAAAAGCCUAGUGUUACCUUUGAAGAAAAACCGUCAGUUGUUACCUACCAACAGCCAAUAGUUCAAAAAACUGUUAUUACGAGUCAACCUGCUAUUUCGACUUACAACUACCAAACGCCUGUAAAAGUGAAGCCAGCUGUUAAUACUUAUACUUACAAGAAUGUUUUACAGUCUACGGUUAACCAAGGGUACGUUUAUGACAAACCAGCUGUUGCUUUUGAAGAAGUACCUGCAUCUGUUACAAGAUUCAACUAUGAACAAAAGCCGGUGGUUUCUAGUUAUAAUUACGUAGCUCCAUCAACAGUUAAACCGGCUGUAUAUCUUCAAAAAGAGGCCCCAGUUGUAACAAGCUAUACUUACACGGCUCCAUCUACAGUAAAACCUGCUGUUUUUGUUCAACAACCAGUUGUUCAAAAAGUAGCCCCUGUUGCAACAAGCUAUACUUACACGGCUCCAUCUACAGUAAAACCUGCUGUUAUUGUUCAAGAACCAGCUGUAUCUACUUACAUUGACUCAUCUACACCAAAAUCUGCAGUUUUCCUUCAAAGACAACCAGUUGUAUCUACUUACAUUGAAUCGUCUACGCCAAAAUCUGCAGUUUUCCUUCAGAAGCAACCAGCUGUAGUUAGCAGCUACUCAUACACUGCUCCUUCCACAAUUAAACCUGCUCUUAUAGGUGAAUCCGUAAUUUCGUAUACCCCUAAACCGGUAGUUACAAAGAAACAGCCAGCUAUCGUUUCUAGUUACAGCUUCAGCGCACAACCUGCAAAAACUGUAGAAUUUGCUGGAUAUGAUUAUCCUAAACCUGCCGUAUCUUUCGUUGAAGCCCCAACACCUGUGGUAGCAACAUACGAAAAUCGUGAACCAGUUGAAGAAGUACCAUUUGUUGCUAAGAAAGCGUACGUCACAGGUGGUCAGGCAGGAAGUUAUCAGUACACUCAGCAAUUCAAUGCUGUUAACCUUGAGCAGAAACCUGUAGUGGUUGAAAGUUAUCAGGCUCCCAUUCAGCCAGUCGUUUCCACAACACCAGUCUAUGAAUACAGAGUACCAGAAGUGACAAACAAAGUCGUAAUUUCCACAACGCCGAGGUACGAAUAUCAACAAGAACAAUACGAAGUACCACAAGUGGCAAAUAAAGUUUUGGUUUCCACAACGCCGAGGUACGAAUAUCAACAACAACAACAAUAUAGAGUACCACAAGUGACAAACAAAGUUGUGGUUUCCACAACGCCGAGGUACGAAUACGAACAACAACAAUACAGCGUUGACUCUGGAUAUGUCUACGAUAAACCUGCAGUUCAGUUUGAAGAGAGGCCUUUGGUAGUUCAAAACUACCAAGCACCUGUAGUUUCAAAAACAGCUAAUUCUGGCUCUUAUUAUAUUGAAAACAGACCACAGAUCUUCCAGAAAGUGGUAACCUCAACAGCACGACCUAUCGUCGAUUAUACUUACGUACAGUCGACUCCAAAACCUACUUUUAGUUCAACCAUAAACUCGAUCAUAACUAAACAACCGUUUACGUUCUAUGAUAGUCGAAUUGGCUCGACUGUUAGACCUGUCACAUAUUCUACUUCUUUGCCGGUCGUUGAAACAGUAACGACCAGUCGACCCAUUUCUAAGUUUUCUUUCAGUUCCUUCGAUGAUCAAUACCAAGUCUCGAAAACUGUAGAUGAUUACGUUGCACCGGUUCAAGUUACAGCUCCACGAGUACGAGUGAACGCUAUUCCUUCAGUAGUAACGACAAGUCGCCCGAUUGCCAAGUACUCAUUCAGUUCAUUAGAUACCGAGUAUCAACAAAACGAUAACUUCGGGCAGGUUGUUGAAAAUUACGUCGCACCAAUCGAGGUAUCCACACCGUCACGUGAUUACUUACCAGUUGAGGUUAGCACGAGUGUCCCUACUGAAUCCUACUUAGCACCUAUAAGUGUUACCACAAGUGCUCCGGAAAUUAUAACCCCUGCACGUGAAUAUCUACCAGUAAGAACAAGAGUUAAAGUUACUACGAGCGCUCCAGAAAUUAUAGCGCCAUCUCGUGAAUAUUUACCUGUCAGAACGAGGGUGCGAGUAACCACGCCUGUGAGUACCGAUUUAUCGUCAGACGAUGACUUAAAGCUUGUCUUGAAUAGAAAACCAGUUAAGAUAGUAAAAGUUGCCAGACCAAAAACGAUCGUUAAAGUUAACGACUUCCAUCCAUUACUUUCAGCAAAAUUAGGUGCGCAGUGUACUUGCGUGUCCAACUCGGUUAAACUUAGAAAGAAGCCAAUCCGAAUUGUAGUCGACGAUGACGACGAUGAUGAUGGUUACGUGGUGGAUGAUAGUAACGAGGGUGUUAUCGUUGAAAAUUAUCAAUACGAACCACAAAAAAUUGUUGAAAUUACACCUACCCCUGAAGUGUACAUCAAGAGUACUACCAAUGAAAUCAUUGAGCCGUCUUCAACUCCAGCUUACUCUGUUAGGAGGCGAGUUCGUGUACGUCCGGUAACAUCUACGGUAUCACCUGUUACACAAGCGGCUGAGCUGUUUGUGAAUAAUGUUGUGACCCCUAUAGCCGAUUUAUCAGAAGGAGUUGUUGUCAAUGCAGUUACGGACGAUUUGGCGUUAGCGAAAGAAAUUCCUGACAAUAAGGUAUCUCUACAAAGCGGUAAAUUUGACCGUUAUGGCCCCGGUGGGUUGAGGAGCAGAAACGAAAAAUUGCAAGGAACGAUCGAUUGUCAAAGAGCUGGUCUCUUCAGACAUCCAACGCAGUGUAACAAAUUCUACGCCUGCAGGUGGGAUUGCACCAAGAAUAGGUACACCCUACAUGUUUUCAAUUGCCCGGUACACCUCACCUUUGAUAACAACCUUGGCGCUUGCAACUGGCCAAGUCAAGGACCAGCCUGUUUGGAAAAUACUCUUCUCCCUAGUGAUUAGGUUUGCAUAGACCUUAGUUUUAUUUAUUUGUGCAUUUUGUCAUCAUUUAAUUAUUUAUUGCAUCAACCCAUUUUGAAAAUUUAUACAAACUCAGCUUUUGGGCCUGGAAAUCUGACUUAUCAUUGUGAAAAGUAAUGGCUUGUGGUUGUUUUUAUAAUCUCAUACAAAUGUAUACAUAAGGUUUUUAUAUAAAAUAAAGACGUAAAAUAAAAGCGUUUUAUUCUGUAACAA